AUGCUCACCGGCGCUUCACAAACGAAGAAGGAGACCAACGCCAUAGCCGUGAAGUUAGCGGCGUAUGAUGCUGACACUCAGAAACUCAUUGACCGGUUAAAGGGCUCUGCUGCAUGGGGCUUAGAAGGUGGCAUGCAAACACUCGUAGACGCCAUCAGAACUCAGCUCAACGCAAUGCCGAAUGUGGAGGUGCGAACAGACAGCGAAUGCACCUCAGUGGUCAGCUCUUCCUCGGGUGUGGUGGUGCAGGUGCGUAACGGCCCUAAUUCUCAGACCACAGGUGCACCGGAGACCCUGACAGUGGACCAUGUCAUGCUGACUGUGUCCUCGCUCGACGCCAGUCGGUUGUUAACUGCCCCUGAAAAUGCCACAGAUACCGGCUGUGUGAGAAAUGCCACAGAUCCGCUGGUGUCGGGUGCGUCGUCGUUUGGGCGGUUGACGAGGCUGUUGCGGUCUACGCCGUUCACGUCUGUGGGAGUGGUCAAUCUGGUCUACGACACAGACAUCCUCAAGCACAAGGUACGCCCCAGGCAUUACUCCUAG